AUGUCAGCUGCCAAUGACACUGAAUUCCAAUCUGCCGUGCUCAUUCUCACCGGAAUACCUGGCCACGAAGACAUCCAUCUCUGGAUCUCCAUCCCCUUCUGCUUAAUCUAUGUAAUUUCAAUAGUAGGCAAUUCAGUCAUUCUCUUCAUUGUAAAAACAGACCCAAGCCUCCAUGAGCCCAUGUACAUUUUCCUUUCCAUGUUGGCUGUCACAGACUUUGUCUUAUUAAUAGCCACCUUACCGACAAUAUUGAGCAUAUUCUUGUUUAACUUUAGGGAGAUCAACCUCAAUGCCUGCUUUGCCCAGCUGUUCUUUAUCCACUCUCUUGCAAUAAUUGAAUCCUCCGUGCUCCUCUUGAUGGCCUUUGACCGUUUCAUUGCAAUCUGUAACCCACUGAGAUAUACCUCCAUCUUAACACCAGUGAGAAUAACUAAGUUGGGGCUGGUCUUUGUGCUAAGAGGAGUGGCUGUAGUAUUACCAUUCCCGCUUCUCCUGAAACGGUACCGAUAUUGUCGAGCCAAUGUCCUCUCCCACUCUUACUGCCUGCACCAGGAUGUCAUGAAGUUGGCUUGUUCAGAUAUCAGAGUCAACUACAUCUAUGGCAUGUUUACCGCACUCUUCACGUAUGGACUGGACUCACUGUUCAUCGUCCUGUCCUAUGUGAUGAUUCUGAAAACAGUGCUGAGCAUUGCAUCCCGCAUAGAGAGCCUCAGGGCCCUGAACACCUGCGUCUCCCAUCUCUGCGCUGUCCUGGUCUUCUACUUACCAAAUGUCGGCCUGGCUGUAACACACAGAUUUGGGAGCAGCUCUUCUCACUUGCUUCAGAUUCUCCUGGGCUACAUCAACCUUUUGGCCCCACCUCUGAUGAACCCAAUUGUGUACAGCGUGAAAAGCAAACACCUUCGUGUGAGGAUCAUCAGGGCCUUUGUCAAGUGA